AGAACUCACAGUGCUUUGCACAGAAAACUCUUCGAUCUCGCUGGUUUUUAAGACUAUGGCUGGAAGUAGAUACGACCAUUACGAUUAUCUAUACAAGAUAGUUUUGAUUGGUGAUUCUGGUGUUGGAAAAUCUUCUCUGCUUUCCCGUUUCACGAGGAAUGAAUUUGACCUCGAAUCGAAGUCAACCAUUGGGGUUGAAUUUGCCACUAGAAGCAUAACUGUUGAUGAGAAAGUUAUCAAAGCUCAGGUGAGGUUUCUCUUGCGUUAUUUUUUGCGUUUUUGUAAGAUGCAGUUUUAUUUUCUUGUAGCUUUGUUUAGCUUCUCUUAAGAGCGGUAAACAUUUUGAGUCUUAAAUCAUGCGUGUAGUGAACUUAGUGUACUUUAUUUUACACACAUUGCGUUUCGAUUCAAAAUAAUUCCGUUGAAAAACAUUCGCGAGCUUUUAUAAGCUUAAAUGAUUCUUUGCUAGGCCAGGCAAUACUCUUGGAAGUAGGUUUCGAUUUGAAUAGAAAAUUGUUUUUCUGCUUCCCGUUUAAGGUUUUUAAGUACAGUUUUGGUGAGUGAAAAGAUAUCAGCUGAGUUCAUUUAAAGGUGACAUCACUGUCUACAAAUCGACGUUAUAUCAACAAUUUACCAAAUAAUGAGCGGAAUGUAGUGUAUACAAACAGUGGCCUUAUUUCUAUUUCUGGUGUUUCAUUUUCGUGUAAUAUUUCGUUGCCGGUAUGUUGUGUAACUGGUGAAAUAAUUUGCCACAGUUUACGCUAAGUUUCAUCCGAAGACUUCCGGGAGUUUUUUGGAAAACUCGGGUGGAAGUUUGAAUGAUCCUUUUUGAUUGUUGAAGUUAAUGUAUUAGUGGGCUCCUACACUGUCUUAUUUCAGUGGGUUUUGUUGUUUUUGAUAGGCCCCUAUAGUCUCGGUGGGGGGGAGGGGGGGGAGGUACCGCCAUAAAUGGGCUAUUAAUAGUAUUAUAUAGGGUAUGAGCAGAUGUGAAGGGUAUGGUUUUCAGGCAGUUUAGUCUGGGAAAGGGUAUAGAAGUCAGAGAUUUGGGGGCUAGAGUGGGGUAUCAUUUUCUUGGAAACUGAUAGAUAGGUUUAAGAUUUCAGUUUAGACUAGGGAAACUGGAAAUUGUCUCUCAAUACAAAGAAGUCGGCAAAUUUAAAUUUGCCCACAACUCAGUUUGAUAACAUAGAAAGUGUUGACCUAAGUAGUUUCUGGAAAAAAGUGACUCUAUGAUGAAGAGGGAUUUGAGAAGUUUGGUCUAGUACAGGAUAGCGAAGUUGAGCUGAACUAGGUCUGGUAUAGGCUAUGGGUUCCGGGGUCCUAGUGGCACAUCCCCACCCUUAAAUUCCUACAGUACCCCCCCUGGCCCAUGGCCCCCUCCCAGUGAAUGCAACGAAAAUGGGUGAUAAUCAAAUUAAAUAUUGAUAUUUAUUUAAAGGUAUGGGAUACUGCUGGGCAAGAGCGUUACCGUGCAAUUACAAGUGCAUAUUACAGAGGAGCUGUAGGUGCUGUUCUUGUCUAUGAUUUGUCCAAACAAAAAACAUUUGAAAAUGUUGCAAGAUGGUUGCAAGAGGUCAGAGAGCAUGCUGAAUCUUCCAUCGUAAUCAUGCUUGUUGGAAAUAAAUGUGAUCUGAGACAUCUACGGGCUGUUCCAGUUGAUGAAGGCAAGAAGUAUGCAAGCGACUCAGGAUUGUGUUUUAUAGAGGCUUCAGCACUUGAUGCCACUAAUGUUGAAGAAGCAUUUACUCAGACUAUUAAAAAAGUACAUGAAGUACAGCUAGCAAAAUUGCGCAAGGAACUUGAUAUGCCGGGAAAGGAUAAUGGCACAACUGAGGGGAAAGGGAAAGUUGUGGAAGUUAAUGAAGCAUCAAAGGAAGAAAGGAGCUGUGCCUGCAGUGUUUUGUAAGAGUUUAUAUAUAACUAGUUAAUUAACAUUUAUUUCAGAGAAACUUUAUGAAAAUAUCUAUGUAGCGUAUAUUGCAGUGGGUAUAAAUUGUUUUUGAUAACUUUCAGAAUUGCUAUCUUUAAUUUUAGCCUGAGAGGAUAAGAUGCAGAAGUGUCAAUAAUUUGAGAUUCUUUAAAACUUCCAAAGGUUAUUUUGAAAAACUGCUUCCAAUUCGGUUGUUGUUGAAUAGUCACCCCAUAGAGUUUCUUCUUAACCUGCAAAAGUUAUCCAUGAAUCUUGGAACUGGAAGCGUUUACAGUUUUCUAUGCAAACUAUCAGCUCAACUGAGUAUUUUUUAAUGAUGAGUUGUCUGUUGUGUUAAAAGCUCUUUCUUGUUAUCAGCUAAUGGAGCCAACUGAUUGGUGUCACAUGAAUGAAGGGAUUAGUUUUAAAAGAAACCUGUGGUGCAGUGGUGAGGGAGUAAAACACAGGGUUUUUUUCCACUGAAUUUUUAAGUUACUGGGAAAUUUACUGCUGUUAAAAGAUUCAAAACCUGAGAUUUUGAGUGUCAGCUUUGGUCAGAGCAAUGAAUUAAAUUCAUCAAGGGCUAUUAAUAUUGCCUGAAUUAAUAUAAAAUGACUUAAUCCACAUAAUUAGUGACAAAACCAAAUUUAAGUGGUUGUUGACUCAGUUUGUCAAAUAAAUAAAUCCUGGAGGAAAUGAUGAUUCUUACUAAAGAAAUAUUAUGUAAAAAUGUUCAACACGUCUUUCACUUUCAUCCAAUUUCAAGUGCAUUAAUUUGCCAAGCCUGAGUAUCAGGCAUUUCUGGGGGGAAAGGAGAUGAGAGAAGUAACAAUAAAAGACACCGAAGGGAGAGCAACCUCUCCUCUCUCUGGCCCUGUCCACCCUCCCCCUGUGAAAUCUCCUCUCCCCUCACCCCUAAGGAAGGCCUGAUACUCAGGCUAUCAUUUGCCUCUUUCUCAUGAUCCUGAAAUCAAAAGUCUGAUUAUUC